AUGUCUUUUCCUGUAUUAGUGCACACGGUUGUGACUAACUGGCUUCUAUAUUUGACGUGUUCAGCCAGGUUUGGAGAUGGAUUGUAUGAUUCCUACAUGAGAAUAGAUCAAAUUAGGUACCCAGAUCCUACAAAUGAAGAACACAGCCCUUCUGGACUUCCUUCACUUGGGAGAUCAAACGUUACUAGCAACAAACUCACUAUGAAAGAUCAUCCUCUGACUGGAAGUCAGGUCAAAGUUGAGCAACUAUUUGAGGACUCUGGCAAUAAGAGGAGCAGUACUCUUCAGUCUGCAGGAAUCAGUAGUUCCGAAAGAUCUCUUCCUUCGCUGUCAAAAGAUAAAAGUAUAGACAGCUUAAGCACAGCCAAAUCUUGUGGAAGUUCAUCAAAAGUGCGCAAAGCUAUCUCUCAGGCUCCAGAGCAAGCAGUGAAGCAAUAUAAACAUCAGUUAUCUGCUUACGAGCAGCAAGAAAUAUGUAACUUUUCUGAAAUUUACUUUGUGGGUCCAAAUGCAAAAAAGAGGCAAGGAGUAGUCGGUGGCCCCAACAAUGGAGGAUAUGAUGAUGACCAAUGUGGAUACAUUCAUGUGCCUCAUGACCAUCUGGCUUACCGAUAUGAAGUACUUAAAAUAAUUGGAAAGGGCAGUUUUGGACAAGUAGCUAAAGUUUAUGAUCAUAAACUCCACCAGCAUUUGGCCUUAAAGAUGGUUCGCAAUGAGAAGAGGUUUCACCGUCAAGCAGCAGAGGAAAUUCGGAUUUUGGAGCAUCUCAAGAAACAGGAUAAAACUGGCAGCAUGAAUGUUAUUCACAUGCUAGAAAGUUUCACCUUUCGGAACCACAUAUGUAUGACCUUUGAGCUCCUGAGCAUGAACCUGUAUGAGCUGAUCAAAAGAAAUAAAUUUCAAGGGUUCAGUGUGCAGCUGGUACGCAAGUUUGCCCACUCUAUAUUACAAUGUUUGGAGGCUCUUUAUAAAAACAAAAUCAUACAUUGUGACCUGAAGCCAGAAAAUAUACUUCUAAAACAGCAAGGGCGGAGUGGCAUCAAGGUUAUUGAUUUUGGGUCCAGCUGCUUUGAGCACCAAAGAGUCUACACUUAUAUUCAGUCUCGAUUCUAUAGGGCCCCAGAGGUCAUUCUGGGAAGUCGCUAUGGGAUGCCCAUAGACAUGUGGAGUUUUGGUUGUAUUCUGGUGGAACUGUUGACUGGAUAUCCUCUUUUUCCUGGAGAAGAUGAGGGAGACCAACUGGCUUGUAUGAUGGAGCUUCUUGGAAUGCCACCUCAGAAGCUUUUGGAUCAAUCCAAGCGAGCCAAGAACUUCAUCACCUCCAAGGGUCAUCCUCGCUACUGCACUGCAACUACACAUACAGAUGGGAAAGUGAUCCUCAAUGGCAGUAGAUCGCGCAGGGGUAAAAUGCGUGGUGCUCCAGGCAACAAAGACUGGGUGACAGCGUUGAAAGGCUGUGAUGACCCCUUGUUUAUAGAAUUCUUAAAAGAAUGUCUUAACUGGGAUCCUUCUGCACGCAUGACUCCAAGUCAAGCUUUAAGACACCCUUGGAUUUGUAAGCGAAUGCCCAAACCACCCAGUACUGAUAAAAGCAUGGGUAAACGGAUAUCUAACUACACAAGCUCCUUCCCAGGAAUAGGUUCUAAGUUGCCUCCAGUAGUUGGAGUGGCAAACAAACUGAGGGCUAAUUUAACAUCUGAAUCAAAUGGCAGUAUACCUCUAUGCACUGUACUACCAAAACUGGUCAGUUAAUAGAAAAUUAUGUAUUCCCAGAAUACAUACCUUGUAUUUUAAUUAUCUGCUAGAAACGUGUAAGGUGGUGAAAUGCAGAGGUUUUUAAUGGAUUUACUUUUCAUUAAACACUAAAUCUUGUACAAAAAAAGAUGAAUCAAAAUAUAAACAU